UCUUCUAUUCCAGGCAGAACCAAAAUGUGGUUACUAUUCACAGUGGCAAGUCUGAUCUCUGCACUUGGAACUACACACGGCUUCUUCGGCAAAUUACAUCCUGAAAACCCUGAAGUGACUAUGAAUGUUAGUCAGAUGAUUUCUUAUUGGGGAUACCCGAGUGAAGAACAUGAAGUUGUGACUAAAGACGGUUAUAUUCUUGAGGUCUACAGAAUUCCUCAUGGGAAGAAAAAUCCUGAGAGUAGAGGUCAGAGACCUGUUGUGUUUUUACAACACGGUUUUAUCGCUUCGGCCACAAACUGGAUUGCUAACCUGCCCAACAACAGCCUGGGCUUCCUCCUGGCCGACGCUGGUUAUGAUGUGUGGCUGGGGAACAGCCGGGGGAAUACCUGGGCCAAGAGAAAUAUAUACUAUUCACCAGAGUCCGCUGAAUUCUGGGCUUUCAGCUUCGAUGAAAUGGCUAAAUAUGACCUUCCAGCCACCAUUGACUUCAUUUUAAAGAAAACUGGACAGGAAAAGCUGCAUUAUGUUGGCCAUUCCCAGGGCACCACCAUUGGUUUUAUUGCCUUUUCUACUAAUGCAACGCUGGCUAAAAGAAUCGAAGUCUUUCACGCUUUAGCUCCCAUUGUUUCUCUGAAGCACACCAAAAGCCCGAUAAAAAAGCUGGCACUUAUCCCUCCAUUCCUCUUUAAGGUUAUCUUUGGUAACACAGCAUUCUUUCCACACCACUAUUUUGAUAACUUCGUGGGCAAGGAAAUGUGUUCCCAUGAAAUAGUAAAUGCCCUCUGCAGCAAUGCUUUAUUUAUCAUUUGUGGAUUCGACCAUAAGAACUUGAACACGAGUCGCUUUGAUGUGUAUCUAGCACAUAACCCAGCAGGGACUUCUGUUCAAAACGCGUUCCACUGGAUUCAGGUUUAUAAGUCUGGAAAAUUUAAAGCUUUUGACUGGGGAAGCCCGGUUCAGAACAUGAUGCACUAUAAUCAGCCCACACCUCCCAACUACAAUUUGGCAGACAUGAAGGUGCCAGUUGCAGUGUGGAAUGGCGGCAAAGACUGGCUGGCUGAAACUCAAGAUGUUGACCUUUUGCUUUCAAAACUCCCUAAUGUCAUUUACCACAAGGAGAUUCCUUUUUACAAUCACUUGGACUUUGUCUGGGCAAUAGAUGCCCCACAAGAAGUUUACAAUGAAAUUAUUUCUAUGAUAGAAAAAGAUAAAAAUUAG